CUCCCACAUACACCUGAAUCCAACCCCAAUAAACUUUUUUUUCCUCCACUUCCAUUAUGGAGGCUGAUCCUAUGAAUCUAGCAACUCUCAUUGAUGAAUUGAUUCAAGAACAGGACGACAUUACUGCAAUCAAUGAAACUUUGGUUACUUGUGCUGAAGCGGAUCUCGAUCUAAAGUAUUGUCAAGAGUUGGUCCAGCGGUUACUGGUCUUUGCUACAAAGCUCGAAAAGACCAUCAAACACGCCGACUUUGGCAACACGUUGGAGCAGACGUUUACAAGAAUCGCCACCAAAGCGCCGCAUAAGGGUGUUGAACGGCUUUGUAAAGAACUCAAGGGAAUCCUCAAAGAAUUGUUGCAAGUGCACCCGAUCGAGGAUCCUAAUAAAACCUAUCGAAUCACAUCUCUGUCCGACACUGUUAUUCCAAGCAGCAAAUUAAUUCAUCUUAUAGCCAUCGUGUGGGGUGCUCAACAGCGCUUGUUGUUGAUAGACCCAAACUACACCAGAUUGGCCCACCCUGCCGUUUGGUCGUACACAUCCGCCGUGCUUGAAGCUGCCUGCCAUGCCAAAGACCGCCUAGCCCAAACAUAUAUACUUCAGACGACUUCAAUCUACUGGCAAUGCUUUGCAAAAAAACUAGCUGCCCCUGGAGAUCCCACAUCAAGUCAACACAUAUGUGAUCUGCUCGAGGGGGUGAAACAGACGUUGCAAUUGCAAUCGUCGUUUGAAGAGGAAAUGAUGGACAACUUUGCGAAAAGUAUCAGGUCGUGGUUGAAAAUGUUCACACCUUCCAAAUUAUCAUGCCUCUAUGACAUUGCUGAAUUGCUCGAGGAAAUAUGCAAGUACCCUUCGGCGCAAACACUACAUAGCCUCAUUGACAUCAUCCUGCUCGUUUCAAAUCUCUUGUUCGACAAUAAUGUACCCUUGUCUUGCUUCCAGAAUUACACUUCCGCUUUGGGAAAGGCUCGAAAACUGACGCCGUUCCACCAAGCCAUUGUCAUGAAAUACGACGCGUUGUUCAACAAAGAAGAAGACCAAUCUCUAUCGACAUCACUACGAAAGCGAAUUCGACUACAAAGUGCUGAUGACAUGGACGUUUGCGAAGGCAGCCAGAUGCAGGCACUACAAGAAAGAAUUCAAAAGCGACAUGGAGGCACUGUGCAAAAGACAUGGUACCUAAAGACAAUGCUGACUCUUGUCACUAGCGCAGAACAAGAUGAGACCGAGGCAUCGAUCAUGAAGACGUUAGACGAUAUCAGAUACUUGGGAAUUCGCCAGUCAGAAGGUCUUUUUGAUGAAAGCUUGACGCGAAUCGCCUUGUCACAUGUCCAGCAACGCUCGAAUGACAGUAGCAACACUACUGGUAGCGUGACACAGCUAUCAGACAAGAUUGCAGCAAUGUAUGACAUGUUGCUACCAUAUUACUUGCGGGCUUACAUGUGCUACGCCCUACCAUAUGCCGUGGGCGCGAGCGAUGAAACCCUGCUGGAAACACUUGCCCAGAUGGUCACGUCCGACACAAAGUCUCUAUGCGAAACUGGUGGACAUCAUUUAAUCAUCAGCUAUUUCAUGUCCAGCGACACUGCUUUCACCAACCAGGGUUUCGCUCGUCUACGAAGCAUAUUUCUCGACGAUGAAGCGCCUGAAAAAUUACUGAGAUCGCAUCAAACGAAAAUUGUGUCGUCCUUGGCAAUGCGAUUAGCGGACGAUGAUUAUGAUAGGGCAGAGGUCGCUCUUAACGAGGUGAUUGAAUGGCUCCAUAUCACAUCAGCGACAACACUGGGUGAAUUCUUGCAGAGUUAUUACCUCGCUAUUCUCUCUCACGUAUCAAAGUUCAUCACUGAAAUCCGCGAAAGAAAACCGGUGCUGACACAUCCGAACGCAUUAGCAGCCCUGGAUAAAAUAUUGAAGCUAAUGGGACACGGUGUACAAACACAUGCAUCCCAGACAAUGGCUUUAUUUCAGACCAUCGGUGAGCUACCACGGAUGCAGCACGAAGUGUACAACCUAUGGAAAAGAUUUGCCCAUGCUUUGCCGUUCACUGUACUGUCUGACUGCAUUGGACCCAUUGUUCGCGGUGUCCUGUCAAUAUUCCCGCGGUGCUCGGAUGAAAUCAAACAGGAUAUCGGCCGAUUCUUGGAGGAGAUCCUGCACGCGUGUAAUUUGACCAUGGACCGUCUACUAGAGCUCCCCAGUAUCCAGCCCUUUGAAGAGCUCGAUAAGGUCCGCGAACUCAUUGAUCAAAAGCGGGACGACCUAUCGAUCGAACAAAGCAUCUUUGCCAUAUGCAAACGAGCUCGUAACGACGCUGCGUCAGACAUCUUGACAUUGGUCGAAGAACUCUUACGGAUCCUCAAGAAACACGGCGCGCUUCAUCCUGUCAUUGUACGCCAACAUUCCAUGCUCUACACGGUACUGCUGUAUCUGUCCAGGAAAACCGGUGAUAUCCAAAACAUCCGCAACCUUGCUGCUGAAUGUCUUGGCCUACUUGGCGCGACCGACCCGAGCCGACUCCAAGUCAGAGUGGUACAAGACGACAUGAUUGUACUCAAGAACUAUACGAAUCCAGAAGAGAACCGAGACUUUGUGUGCCACAUCAUUAUUAAGCACUUGGUGCCAGCGUUCCGAAAAGCCAACAACGAAGAAACCCAGCAGUUUGUCCACGAAAGCCUUGCCAUCCAAGAACGCUGGAAAAAGAUGCCCACGAAUGUUCAAAACAUGCUCUAUCCACUGCUCGCGUCCUCUUUCACAGGCAACAUGCAGAUCCCUAUGCCUCAUUACCCGAUCUAUCCAAGUGCUGACAGUUACGAGACGUGGAUAAAACGUUGGUACUACCUAUUGACCAAGUCAGCAAGCGACGACAGUGUGAGAGACCUGUUUGCUGUGUUCACCUCCUUGGUGCAACGGGAAUUCUUUGGCUUGGCCUUGGACCUGAUCCCUCGUCUAGUCUUACAUGUUGCGCUGACAGGAUCAAAAGAAAAAAGCGCCGACGUUAUUGGUGAAAUACUAUGCGUGCUCAACGGCGAAAGUCACACGCCAAUGCAUACUGAAAAAAUGCAAAGAGAUGCGUUACAGGUGAUUGUAUUGACCACAGAGCAUUGCAGAAAAUGGAUCCGUGACGCGCAGGAAAACCAUGUCAACAUGGAUAACGGAGACAUAACUAAAGUUCGAAACUUUUUGGAGCAGAUUCCUAACGACAAGAUGGCCACAGCAUCAUUCCGUUGCAAGGCGUAUCCGCAAGCGCUGAUGCAUCUUGAGCUCUACUUGAAAGAAACUAUGAGGGAGCACGGCGGUCGAUUCACAUCUGAUGUUUUGGACAGUAUGCGCCAAAUAUACGUUCAUAUUGAUGAUCCCGAUGGCGUGGUUGCCGUUUACUCCCUGUUUCAACGGACGCUGUGCAUGGAUGAGGAGAUCAUGUUGUGUGAGCACAUGGGUGAUUGGAAUACUGCCAGCGUGAUGUACCGAAGUGUAUUGGACUCACCGGAGCAAGAGGCGACGGAAGACAGCAGAAUGCUAUCUGGCUACUUUAACUGCUUGAGAGCAGGUGGAAAUAUCGAGAUCAUGCAAAGCGCAGCGACACGGCUUAUGCGAUUGUAUCCACAGUUUCUCUCGCGAUUGAACGCCUACCGCGCUGAAGCAUCUUGGAAACUUGAAGAUUGGGAUACCUUGGAUGCCUCUCUUAAUCAACCGAUCGAACAAUCCUUUGAUGGUUCGCUAGCUACUGCCAUUGCACAUUUCCGUCAAGGUAACAAUCUGGCUGGACUUGUGAGUAUCGACAAAGCCCAAAAUUACCUCAUGGAUCAUAUGUUGUCAGCAAGUCACGACUCCUACCAACAGUCGUACGAUCAUAUCCUUGGCCUCCAGAUGAUCCAUGAGUUGAAACAAAGUCGGUUCAUAUGGGAAGAAGCUACGCGCAGUGAAAACUGUGCACCCAUCACUGAACUACGAAGCAAGUGGGAGCAGCAGUUCAAGUUUGUAGCGCCCUCGCAUUGCUAUCAAAUGAAGCUUCUGGAGCUUCGACAAGCAGCUUUGUUCAGUAUGAUCCCCCAAGGAAUCUCACUUUCAGCGCCUAUCGAUGACGGUAGCAUCUGGUUGACAAAAGCCAAAGUAGCAAGAAAAGCAGGCGAUAUGAACACUGCUUUAUAUGCAAUUCUCAGGGCAAAAAAAUUUGGCGCCCCUUUUGUUUACCUGGAACGUGCCAAGUGGUAUUGGGCAAACGAAAAAAAAGCAGAAGCCAUCAAAUAUCUGCAAAGUCAAGCGAAUCCAUGUGCGAAGGCCGCCCUACUUCAAGCAAAAUACUCGGAAGAGUUUGAAAAGUUUGACCGUACCACGAUGCUAAGCUUAUAUAAAAGAGCCCAGAGGUUGGACCAAAGCUGGGAGAAGGCCAUGUACUAUGUGGGUCGAUAUUACGACAAGAAUAUAUCGGACAAGGAUGCCAAGCAUGUCAUGCAAAUGAGUGAGAAGGAAAUGAAGAUAGCCAGCUGUGCAGUAACAAGCUAUAUUCGAGCUCUCCACCUUGGCUCAAAAUACUUUUAUUACACAAUGCCACGAUUCCUGACGCUCUGGCUGGAGUUUGGCGAUGUUGUCGAGAGUCUAAACCUCAUAACCGAUACCCAAACACGUACCACUGCCUUUGAAGUGUUCAAAAGCAUCAAUACAAGUAUUCGAAACCAUUUGGAUGGGAUUCACCCUCGCCAGUUCGCUAUGGUACUUCCACGGCUGGUAUCCCGUUUAUCCCACCCCAAUGAAGAAGUUGGUAAUAUUCUUAUGAAAAUCAUUGGCAAAGUACUGGCCGCAUAUCCAAGAACAACAAUCUGGGCGUUGUUGCCACCUGACGAAUCAAGAAAUGGCAAGAUACGAGACCGUGCGCAAAUGAUAUGUGAUAAAGCCGAGAACGAUCCAACAAACGGCCGGCUACUUGCUAGCAUCAUUUCGCAAGCCAGGAAGUUUACGCGUGUGUUUAAAGCACUUGCAAUGGAAGAGCCAAUCACGGAGCAAACACACUACAGCACCAAGACGAUUCCAGGAUUAUCGGAGAUUGCGAACCUGGAGCUAUGCAUCCCAUCGCAAAAAGCCCUGCUUCCAGAAUUGCCAGAGGUGUCGACCGUUCCUUACCAAGGAAUUGAAACUGAGGAUUUGCCACGGAUCAAAGGCGUUUCUUCAAGCUAUGAAGUGAUGAGGUCGUUGAUGAAACCGAAGAAAAUUGCACUUAUUGGCACAGACGGCAAUACGUAUACUUUCCUGGUCAAAAAAGCUGAUGAUCUCCGAAAAGAUGCGCGUAUGAUGGAGUUCAAUCAUAUGAUCAACACAUUCUUGCAAAAGGACGCAAACGCUCGAGAACGAAAUUUAUAUAUCCGAACAUAUGGCAUUAUUCCGCUUGGCGAGAAGUGGGGUCUAAUCGAAUGGAUUAACAACUUGAACCCUCUCAAAGCAAUCGUCGCUCAAGAAUGGGCGUUACUUGGCAAAGACAUCAGGCAAAUUGCCACCCACGCUGGUUCUCUUUUGGUUAAUGCAAAAACACCUGAAGAGAAGGAAAAAGUUUUCACGAAUACUAUCUUGCCUCGAUGUCCCAAAGUAUUUCACAAGUGGUUCCUUGUACACUUUCCUGAACCUUCAGAAUGGUUCGCCAGUCGUUCACGAUACAUACGAACUCUGGCAGUUAUGUCCAUUGUCGGAUAUAUCCUUGGUCUCGGAGACCGACAUGCUGAGAACAUUCUCUUUGAUCAAACAAACGGCGACUGUGUUCAUGUCGACGUCAAUAUGCUUUUCGACAAGGGUGCCAAUUUGACCGUUCCUGAGCUUGUCCCCUUCCGACUCACUCAAAACUUAAUUGAUGCAAUGGGCAUACUGAAAGUCGAGGGCAUGUUUCGGAAGACCUGCGAGGUGACGCUAGACGUGAUGAGGAAAAACAAGACCCAACUUCUAUCAGUAUUUGAGACAUUGGGUCAUGAUCCUCUCGCAGACUGGCAAAAGAAGGCUCCCGGAAGAGCUAAGAUUCACAACGGCCGCACCAUUGAAAGUGAAGUGAAGAGACUCAUUGCUCUAGCCUCCUCCAAUGAGAACCUCAGUCAAAUGUUUGUCGGUAAAGUAUAG